AUGACCGACUGGAACAGACACAACCCCUUCAGCAAGAGGGAGAACCACAGCGCGACGUCUGUGACCAUCUACAAGGUCCUCACCAUUCUCACCUGGCUUCUUUCCCUCGUCGUUUCGGUAUACUACACAAUCCACGCUCCCCACGAUGGCUUCACCAUCCGCAAGCGCAUCUGGGAUCAGAACUCCCUCUAUCCCAGCGCUUUCACAAUGAACUCGGUGAUUGCAUCCAUCUACUGGAUCAUCCUCUUCAUCUUCCAGGCUGGCUACAUUGGCCACCUCUUCUCGUCCAACGCCGACCAUGUCCACGCAGCCGCCAGCGUGGGCAGCCACUUCAUCAUGAACAACCUGUUCCACUUCGCCUUUGUCAUGCUCUUCGUCCGCUCCCACUUCCACUGGGCUGAGGUGAUCCUGGUCCUCAACUUCCUCAACCUGACCUCGCUGUACUUCCGCCACAACACGUACCCGCGCUUCAUCCACACACCCGUCGUGUCCAUGCCCCUGGCCUGGACCUAUGUUGCGCUGCACUGGAACGGCGCAUUGAUGGUCCCCAACCCGACCAGCCUCGUGGCCCGCAUCUUUGGCAACAUCUUCAUCUGGGGCAUCCUGGCCUACGGCAGCUUCUACAUUGUGGCGUUCAAGGACUACACGAUGGGCUUCUCCCUCAGUGUUCUGGCGGCCGCCAUUGGUGUCUCGCAGUUCCUCCGCCAGGUUAUCGCCCUGCAGUGGAUCUUCGCCUUUGUCAUCAUGGCUGUGCUGUUCAUUGCCACCGUCGUCGUCGCCGUUCCCGCUUGGACCGGUCGCGAGAUCAAGUGGAAGCGCUCCUCCGACGAGGACGAGCGCGCCCCUCUGCUCAACGAGCCUUAA